AUGAGCCCAUCUGAGAUGAUGGCUACUCCAACGAGUUCGGGUUGCCCCGGUCAGGAAUCGGGUUUAGGGUCGAGGGAAGUUGUGUGUUCUGAAACUGGGUCUGCAAGGAGACGAAGUGCUCGGCUGGCAGGAAAGUCGGAUAGUGGUGAGGUGGCGAGUGGGAAAAGGAUGAAAUUCGAAGAGGUGGAUUCUGGGAAACAGGAACCGGAUCUUUACUUGAGGAGUUAUGGAGGUGCUUCUGAAUCUGUUGCAGUCAAGGAAGAAGUCGAGAAGGGCGAGAGUGUUUCCAGGUUGGGAUUGGCGGGGACUGCUAAUGGUGGCAGUGGACGCAAGAGGAAACUCAGCAGUGAAGCAAAAUCGCCUAGUUUUGUGUCGAACGAAGUAGUGGAGCUGGUCAAUAAGGUCAUGAGCCUUAGGUGUGGAAAACGAGUUGUGAUAGAUGUGAAAGAAGAUAGUAGUGGUUCUGAUGGGGCAGAAAAGACUGGGGAGAGUAAAGAAAGUGUUUUUAUUGGCAGUGGUAAUUGCCUGUCGGUGCCUAAGUUUGAGAAAGGUGCGGGAGAAGACGAAAAUGACCCUCAAAAGGAGAAAAGAUUUAGCCGAGCACAGAAAGGUAAGGGAAAAGUUGGUGAUGAGACUUUGGAGACGAGUGAUUCUUCAAUGAGUUCUGGUUCAGAGACUGAAGAUAUGAUGGAGGUGCCAAAAGCCAAAUUAAUAAUCACAACCAAGAGUGGUGUUAAGACACGAGGGAGACUAAGCAAGGAAGAGAAAGAUAAAGCAAAAUUGGGAGUCAAUGCUUCUUCUUUUAUUGACAUAAAUAUAGCUGUGAAAGACGAUAGUAGUGGUUUUGAUCGGGCUGAAAAGACUGAGAAGAGUAAAGAAAGUGUUCUUGUUGGCAGUGGCAACCACUUGUCGAUGCCCAAGUUAGAGAAAAGUGCGGGAGAAGACGAAAAUGGCCCUCAGGAGAAGGAGACGAGAUUUAGUCGAGCACAGAAAGGUAAGGGAAAAGUUGGUGAUGAGACUUUGGAGAUGAGUGGUUCUUCAACGAGUUCUGGAUCAGAGACUGAAGAUGUCACGGAGGUACCAAAAGCCAAAUUAAGAAUCACGACCAAGAGUGGUGUUAAGACACGAGGGAGACUAAGCAUGGAAGAGAAAGGUAAAGCAAAUUUGGGAGUCAAUGCUUCUUCGCCUAUUGACAUAAAUAUAGCUGAAACCAAUACAGAAAAUGUAGAAGGAAACAGUGCAUCGGGUGCCAACAACCACUUGGCAGCCAAUGAAGCAUUGCCUGCUGAACAAGCUCAGGCGAGAGAGGCCUUCAAUUUCGUGAACAAUGCAGGAAAUGUUCCCAAUGCAGGAAUUGUUCGUAACGGCCGACACGAUAGAGCACGUCAUCGAAAUUUCGCCAGGCGAAAUGCAUCUCGAUUUGCCCAUUUCUCUUCCCAAGACGAGCUGGGGCCUAAUCAAGCCCCCAAUGUUGCUGGGAAUUCUAAUCAGCCAGAAAAUCCUGUAGAAGAUUGGCCGGGUCCCUUCUCAACGGCCAUGAAAAUUAUUAGAGAUCGUGCAACUUAUGUGUGGUCUGCUGUUCCUGAUAAAAGUGAGGCUGUUGAAAUUAAUUGGACUCCCAAGAAGCAGGAUUCAUGCAAAAGCGAGAAGAGGGCCCCGUCUUUACAGGAUCUUUGCCUGACGGUUGUUUCUAAAAAUGCUGAUGCUGUUACUUCUCUUGAUUUUGUUCCCGACUCGUUGAGACACAAGAUCAGUUGGUUUCUUUGUGACAGUCGGGUAAUGAACGGUAAGUUUCUUGAACUGCUCGUGGAUGGUUCUCCAACUGAGGUACGCGUACGGGAUUGUUCGUGGUUGACUGAGGAACUAUUCGCCAAGAUAUUUGAGGGUCUUGAUGCCAGCAAGUUGAUGGUGUUUCAAUUCGACCUAUGUGGAAGCUGUAUGCCAGACUAUAAUCUACAUGCCACGCUGGCUCGGUCGCCAAAUUGGCUUCCUGCCUUGUCUAUGAUAUCCUUGAAAGGUGCAUAUCGACUUACAGAUGUUGGACUAAGCUUGCUGGCUUCGGCUGCACCUUGUCUAAAAUCAAUUGACAUCAGCCAAUGUCCUUUGCUGACCUCUGAGGGAAUCUGCUGUCUGUUAAGCUCACUAAGAUCAGUUCUAAGGGAGUUGUACCUGGACAAUUGUCAUGGCAUAGAUGCUAUGCUUAUUCUUCCAGCACUGCUAAAGCUAGAGUGCCUAGAAGUUCUAUCGCUAGCUGGAAUUCAGACUGUUUGUGAUGAUUUUGUCAGUAAAUUCAUCACGGUCAGUGGUUGCAGAAUGAAAGAACUUGUCUUAGCAGACUGCCUGGAGUUGACUGAUUUUUCUUUGGAAGUCAUUGGUAAUAUUUGUUCUGAAUUGCGAGCAAUAGACCUGUCGAAUUUGCGUAAAUUGACCGAUGCUUCCAUUGCUCAUCUUGCAAAUGGUUGCCAAACAAUUGAGAUACUAAAAUUUUGUCGUAAUGGAUUCAGUGAUGUAGCUAUUGCUGCGUAUCUUGAUGUUCGUGGAGCGUCUCUGAAAGAUCUAUCGCUCAAUAACAUUGCCCAGUUUCUUGGCGGGAGGCAAUCGAGUUCAAGUAGUGGGAAUGGAAGUAGGAAGAGUGAUGCGCCUGUGAAAUGUGUAAGUUGGAAACGGUCUCUUUCUACUAGGAGUUUUGAAGCUGAAUCAUACUGGGAGCCUGGAACCCGGAAGGAGAUCCUGCCGGCGAUGAGGGUGUCAGAGGACCAGUUGCAUCCGAUCAUGUACUCCCAGUGGAAGAUGCUCCAAAGACGGAAGAAAAUGGGAGGAAAAAGGUACAAAAUUCAGAAAUUAUUGAUCAGGAUAUGGAUUUUGGCUAGAAAAAAUGUGGUUGGUACAGUGAUUGGAUUCUUUGGGGCAGUCCUUGGGAGUAUAGGAGGUGUCCGUGAAGGCGGCAUAUUCAUUCUCAUGCUCGCUUUGAUUAUCGGGUUCGAUCCAAAAACUUCGACUGCAAUUUCUAUAUGUGAGAGUCGAUAG